CUGACUGUUUCUGUUUUUACAUGUUUACCUUCACCACUAGCUAUGCUAACACACACACACAGCUGAACUACAUUUAGCUCAUCGAUGUAGCGGUGAACAGUGUGUGAGCUUUCUGGCAUUACUGGGCAACCAGACUGCCUCAUGGUGGGCGAGAGCGCAUUGGAGAGAGAGGCUGGGGGAGAGAGAGAGAGGGAGGUUGGCAUUUAGCUGCCAGGAAAGCAGAAGCCUGAUGAAAAGCAGCAGUGAGGACGAAACAGAGACAUUUUACUGUCGGACGGUUUCAGGAUGACCGUCACUUAUUCCAGUAAAGUCGCCAACGCCACCUUCUUCAGCUUCCACCGGCUGCUGCUGCGCUGGAGAGGAAGCAUCUACAAGCUGCUGUACCGAGAGUUCAUCCUCUUUGUGUUGCUCUACACCAUCCUCAGCCUCGUCUACAGAUUUGCCCUCUCCAAUGACCAGAAGAGAUUGUUUGAGAAACUUUCUAGGUACUGUGAUAAAUACGCCGAGCAGAUUCCAGUCACUUUCGUCCUGGGUUUCUAUGUGACUCUGGUGGUGAAUCGAUGGUGGAAUCAGUUCGUUAAUCUGCCCUGGCCUGAUAGACUCAUGUUCCACAUCUCCAGCUGUGUUCAGGGUAAAGAUGAAUAUGGCCGGCUGCUGCGCCGGACGCUGGUUCGUUACGUUAAUCUGACAUCGCUGCUCAUCUUCAGAUCCGUCAGCACGGCCGUCUGCAAACGCUUCCCGACCAUGGAGCACGUGGUGGAGGCAGGUUUCAUGACUCCUGAGGAGAGGAAGGUCUUUGAGAACAUUCGAUCUCCUCACCUGAAGUACUGGAUUCCUGUCGUCUGGUUCUCCAACUUGGCUUCCAAAGCGCGACAGGAAGGACGAAUUCAGGACAGCAUCGACCUGCAGAACAUCCUCAACGAGAUGAAUCAGUUCAGAACCUGGUGUGCGACUCUGUUCGGCUAUGACUGGGUCGGUAUCCCGCUGGUUUACACUCAGGUCGUCACUCUGGCCGUCUACACCUUCUUCUUCGCUUGUCUGAUUGGUCGACAGUUUCUGGACCCCGCCCAGGAACAAAAAGGCCACGACCUGGACCUCUACGUCCCCGUCUUCACCCUGCUGCAGUUCUUCUUCUACGCCGGCUGGCUGAAGGUAGCGGAACAGCUGAUCAACCCUUUCGGGGAAGACGACGACGACUUCGAGGCAAACUGGAUCAUUGACAGGAACCUUCAGGUGUCUCUGCUGGCAGUGGACGAGAUGCACAUGAACCUGCCUCACAUGACCAAAGACAUGUACUGGAAUGACUGUGAUGCUCGGCCGCCCUACACUCUGGCUGCUGCAGAUUACUGCAUCCCAUCGUUCCUCGGCUCAACCACUGACAUGGGACUCUCUGACAUCCUGCAGUUUGACGAUGUUGACGGCAGCGAGAGUCGUCUACGGCAACAAGAUUCCAUUUUAGCUCGACGUCAAGAGUCGGUUCUCGGUCGAGUCCGCCGGUUGCUCAGCGUUCAGGAACCACCUGACCUCCGACCUCCUCGGCCCAUUUUCAAGCGACACAGCAGUGACGCCGCUGGCAGCUUUUUCCCAGACCUCAGGUAUCGGAUCAAUACGGGUUCGGACGACUUGCCCCCACCUUCCAUGGACACUCUGUCAACCUUAAGGGAGGUCAGCAGCAACCCACCUUCACCAGAAAGUACGCCCUCCACCGUUUUCCCUCAGCUGGUCAUCAGCCCACCAUUGUUUGGUGACAUUUCUUACAAUGUGGAUUCUCUUGACAAACCUCAGAAUGGUCUGGACCAUUCCCCCACUGAGGAGGGACCAGGCUUGGACACCCCAAGGAACGACCCGGUAGUUUGUUGUUCUCCGACUCAAUUGGGCCCCAAAGAAUUUCGCUGGACGACACUCAACACCCCGUGUCACCCGCCACCCCGGCCAAGGGGGCGUCAGUUCUCACUCCAGUUCUCCAGGCAGAACUCCAAAGCAUCGGUCCGCAGCCUGCCGAGUCCCAAAGGUCUGGGCCGACGGAAGCGAGGCCUGGGUCGGUUCCAGUACCGCCGGUCACCUGGUCCAACGCCAGACACUCUGCAGCUCCCCAACCCUGAUUACGACCAUGACUUCCAGGGAACAGCAGAGACUGAGAACGACAAGAAGGAAGGAAAAAGCAAAGGCGAAGACACUAAAAACACCGACUCCCAGUCGGAGAGUACGGAAAAGGAAUAAGAACCAUCACAACAAAUCCAGUCCGACCAAUCAGAACCACCACCUUGUCUGAGAGGAAGGCUCAAAUUGAGUUUUAUGUUGUUGUUUGGAACUAACAAAUACUUGGAAAGCUGGACAUACCAAUCUCUAAAGGGACAUUUUAAACCUGAAGUUUGGGUUUACCCCUUGACUGUCACUGGAAACAAACCUUACCCUUAAGGGAUAAUUCUGGUUUAGUCCAAUAUCACUGUAGCUACUGUGUCUCUAUGGGUCAGGCUAACUUUGUACUCUCCACCUCUGCUAUAGACAUUCAGGUAAAUGAGGAACUGAAAAAAAAAUUGCAUAUAAAUGGAUUUUUUUCUUGCCACUGUUGCCUUAGGGCUUGCUUUGGGGAUUCAGGCAUAUGAGUCUCGAGACAAUCUGAAUUGUAAUUGGCGCUAAAUGAAUAAAAUUGAAUUGAAUUUCUGCUA